CACGCCGCCCUUCCCGGCCGGUCCGGCCCCUUGACGGGAAGUGGGAGCAAGGGGCCGCGCUGGGGCGGCCGAGCCAUGGCUGUGCCCGCGGCAGCUCCGCUGCCCUGCCCGCUCCUCCUCGCCGUCUGCUGGGUGGUGGCCGCGGCGACAGCGGCAGGAGCAAAAGUUCUUCCCUCUCCAUCCAGCCUGAAGUAUUCAUUGACCCAUAUCUGUACUCUGAACUGGACAUGGAACCCCCCAGAGAACAUCAGCAGCAGCUGCAACCUGGAGUAUUCCAGUGACAUCGUCAUUAAUGGGGUUCCUGAGGACAGAAGAGAAUGGAGUAAGAGCCGUUUCCGUGUGACGGACGCGCACUUGAAUGAGGAAAUGCGCCUCAGAGUGAGAAGUGAAUGCAAGAAUGACAACAGCAGCGAGCCCAGCCCCUGGGUGGAGACCUCCCUUCUGCCAAAAGGUAUUCUGGGUACUGCUGCUGUUGACUUGGGCUGUGUUUGGCACAAUCUGGAGUACAUGGCUUGUACCUGGCAUCGUGGGGAGAAUGCAAGCAGUGACACCAACUACACUUUGUCCUACUGGUUUGAUGGCUUGGAAGACCCUAAGAACUGUAGCAACCCCUCUGUAGACCAAGGAACCUUUGAAUGCAUUUUCAAUCUUACCUUCCCAAAAGAGAGGAGAACUUAUCCUGCUAUAAGUAUUUUGAUUAGAGGUGAUUCUGAAGAAGUUAGGCCUGUCUGUGCAAGUAAAAAUCCUACCACCCUUGUAAAACCUGCCACACCAAGACAAUUGACAUUGUCAAAGACUAAUGAUAGAAUUGAUGUAAAGUGGAGUGAAUCAGAAACUUUUCCAAAAAGUUGUUUACACUAUGAAGUUAAGUGUUGCAAUGGUGAUUUGGACACCGGUCAGAUCAUUGCAUCUGAAAAGAAUUCUGUGUCAAUUGCUGGCAUUGAUGCAAAUAGCAAGUACACCUUCAGAGUGAGAGCAAAGCCAAAGCAGGAGUGCUACAACAGCCAUCUCCAAAGUGACUGGAGUGAGGAAAAGAGCAUUGGUGAGAAGAGGGACUCUACAAUCUAUUUUGUUCUAAUAAUUACCAUUCCAUUAAUAGUAGCAGUAUCUACAAUAAUUCUACUAGUUUAUCUAAAAAGGCUGAAGAUAUUAAUUCUUCCACCAAUUCCAGACCCAAGAGAAAUUCUUAAGCGCAUGUUUGGAGAGCAGAAUGAGGAUUCCCAGAGCUCUGCAAAGGAUGAUCCCAUGAAUGCUUUUGACAGGUUAAUUAUAGAAGAAGAAAUUCAUUCUUUAAUUUUAACAGAAACUUCAGAGAGCACUAAUCCUGAAAAAGAAAACAGGUAGACUCUGCUUUAUCAGUGAAAGAGGAGGAAGCUGAUUCCUGCUCCUGUACCUCAGGUGACUGUAGAUAUGAAGAGGCCUGUGAGGCACUGGCCAGCUCUUCUUCUCUGAAGAUGCAUCACUAACAGUGGCUGUUCUUCCAUCUCUGCCAGAAAUACCCAUCUGAGCUCAGUCAGGAUGAGCAUGUGUGUAAUCCCUUGGGACUGCAUUGUGGGUUCCCUGCUCUGGCUUCAGCCAGCUCUGCCCUGCAAUUGUUACUGCCACUUGCACUUGUGUUUGUGCCUCACACCAGACUGUCAGCGUUGUUUGGGUUUGUUUUUUUUUUUUUGGAGCAAGCACUGUGACUUCUCUGAAGUAUUUGGCUCUGUUUGCAGAAGGUGGGAUGGGUCAUUAGUGCUACCACAUGGAGCUGCUGCCAGAUGGGAUGGCAAAGCAUGGACUGUUUGUGGAUAACCCUUUGUGUGCCUGGGCUGGGCACUCUCUGGAGGGCACUUAUGGACUGAGCUUCUUGUGCUUCUGCUCAUCAGCUGGGACUUGGUCAAAUCCCACCAAAGAAGGUAUUUUUUAAAUUUGGAAAUGUGUAUGAAAAGCCUCUGCUUUCCAGCUGGUGUUCAGAAUAUUCAUAAAAAAAGGUUUAGUUUUGUUAUCCUGUCAGUUGCCUGUCCUCAGAUGCCUUGCCUUCACGGACUUCUUGGGUUAAUUUUACUUUGUGUAAAGUGAGAAAUAGAUUUUUUUUUUUUUACUUGUUCUGUGCAGUAGCAGGUAACUGUAUUGAGUCUCACCAGACUGUGAUUCUACUUUGGCCAUAUUGGCCUGAAGACACCUGAUUUUUAGCAGCUAAGUUGUCCUGAGCCUGUCCAGCAAAAAUAUCAGGAUGGAUGCAUGAGUCUAAGGAGCUGUGGUCAAACAGAUUAACAUUAAACCACUGAAACCCACCUUCAAGACCCAUCCUUACUGCCAAACUGAUGGAUCUGGGGAAGAGGGGGUGACAACCUUGACCUGUUUUCUAAGAGAUAAGUUUUAUUCUUUCUGUAGUGAUGAGAUUCUGAUUUGAGCUUCCCCUCUAGGACUUAGCAAUGUGAAACAAGGUGCUGAUUUGACUUUUUACAAAAUAUUUCUUCUAUAUUUUACUGUAACAGUUUGUCAAGUGGUUUUGUUGUUGUUUUGUUCAUUCUGUGAUGGUUUUGAGGGUUCUUUACCCAGCAAAGCUCAGCAGGUGUUUUCUGGACAACUGUGACAUUUUUCUGCUCUGUAUUCUCAGCAUUAGUUUCUGCCCUGUGCUGCAAGGUUGGUUACAGCAGUACCUUGAUUGUGCUGGAGGAAGAAGAUAAUGGAAUGGAGAGAAAAGGAUCCAUGGAAGCCCUUUAUGGUUAGUGCUCAGGGAUUUCUUGCUCCUUCCAGAUAAGUGUAGACAUGAGUCAUGGACAUGGGCAGUCUUAGCAGACUGGGAAGAGAUCUCCUGAUAGGCUUUCUAGGAGAGACUUUAUAGCUACCAACCUUUUAAAGUUCAUCCCUGUCUUCAAACUCCAUUCAGUCAAAAAAGUGAAACUAAAUGCUGUAUUUUUAGAACAUAUUGUUCUGCAAGAAGUAGGAUGAGUGCCACAUGCUUUUUGGCUACAAGUGUGCAUUUUUUUAUGCACUUAUGUAUUCCCUCCUUAUCAAUAUAUCCAAUUCUUUACCCAUUGUUCCCUGAGCCACUCAAAUAUAGUUUUUUCCAUGUCUCUUAUCCUCCUUUUGUUAGUGGUAGACAGGGGAGGAGAAAUGUAGCAGAACUAGCAGACCCCUUAUUAGCAUAUGCCUUUUACCUCCAAUCAGGCUGUAAAAACCCCAACAUUAUAAAAAUUAGUAAAUGAUACAAAAUGAAAAUAAAGCCUCAGGGAUUUCAGUGAGAAAAAACUCAGGUUAUACAAAGUCAGCUAGUAGCACUCUCUGAAAUUCCAGAGAUUAAGGAAUAGCAUGAGGAAAAGAGUAAUUACAUUCCUUGCUGAAUUCAUUCCCUCUGCAACAUUGAUGUCAUUGCAAUGAUAAAUAUUCCUUCAAUCUACCUCAUCUGGAAUGUUGCUCAACAUAGACCACUAGACAGAAAUGUAUAGUUUCAAGAUAAGUAAGCAUAAAAGUGUAAUAUAAACUUUUGUAGCUUUCAGCUAGCAAUCUAGGAAAAUCAGUACUUACUCCUAAAUUCUUUUGACUUUUAUCCUGGUGUCUAUGACAAAACCAAAAUUUAGUUGCUUAAAAAAAAAAACAACAAACCAACCAAAAUCCCUAAACAAAUUUGAAAAGCCUUAGAAUGGGGGAAAAAAAAAGGAUGGAAGGUGUUAGGCCAAAAGAAAGAUUUAAAUGCUAAGGAUGGUUUAAGUCACUAUAUAGAAAGGUUUUGAAUAACACUAGUUGACACUUCCUCAUGGAUUCAUUUAUUGAGCCUGUGUUUCAGCAUGUAAAGCAAGUAUCUGAAUAUACUUUCACGUUUAACAUGGUUUUUUAUAAGGUAAGAUGUUUUUUAGCUUGAAAUUAUCCAAAUUUUGCAGUGAUUUAUUUUUUUUCUUCAUUGCAGUUACAUGAUCUGUAAAUUUGUUCAAAGAGUGAAUAAAUGUGAUUGAAUGCUUUUCAGUGUAA